AGGUGAUAUGUCCUGCAAGUCUAUUUGGUGUCAACAAUCAUGAUUUUAAGUUGUAUAUUUCAUUUCAAGAUAUAUAUGAAUUAAUACAACGUGAAAUGCUCAACAUCUCAAUCAUACAAUUAUGGAUGUUAUAUUUGAAUCAAAAAAUUGAGGAGCUUGGCCAUGGUGACUUGUAUGGAUUUUUUGAGCCCCAGACAAUACAAAAAUCAGGGAAUAAAAAAGCUAAGUCUCAAAAUUAUAUCAAUGAAAGGAUAAAAACUUCACCAAAGCAAAUUUACUUGGCUCCUUAUGUCGAUCAAAAUCAUUGGCAGCUCCUGGUUCUUUGUCCUACAAACAAUGUUGCAAUCUGGUUUUGUUCUUUGCAUCGUAAGCCCAAUGUACAAUUCAAAAAUUUAAUAAAAAGUGUUAUGGUUGUGUAUAAUGUUAUGAGUGGUAGAUCUACAGCACAACCAAAGAACCUAGAUUGGAUUUACCCCAUGAGUAAUAUGCAACAAGGACAUUAUGAAUGUGGAUACUACGUGAUGAAUUGGAUGUUGGACAUAAUUGAAGGAGAAGUAACAACUGAUUGGAUCGAGCUUUUUGACGAUGUUGCGCCAUUGCCAGAAACAAAAUUGGAAGACAUUCGCAGUCAAUGGGCAAAGUUCUUUUUAGAAAAAUUUAGAAAUAGAUCAUGAUUUUUAACGAUGUUGCAUUUUGGUUUCCGGAUACGUGGAGGGUUAGAUCACAUUUUAGUUUUUAUUUCUGGUUGAUUUGGUGUUGUAUUGCUAUACUUAGUCGUUCUUAUGUUUGUAUU